CAUAUGAAAAUAUAUUCUUAUCCAGAUGAAAUUGGAAAGAUUGGCAACAGUUCCACCGUCUCCAACGUUACCUCCUGUGACAAUCAUGUCCAAGUGUCAAGUAAAUUCCAUCCACUGGUUCCGCAAGUGUCUCAGACUGCAUGACAACCCAGCUCUCGUGGAAGCCGUAAAGAAUGGCCAACAAUUUUGGCCUAUUUUUAUUUUGGAUCCUUGGUUUGUGAAAAACAUGAGAGUUGGUCCCAACAGAUGGAGAUUUCUGGUCCAGUCUCUCCGUGAUCUGGAUGAAUCUUUAAAACAGUUUAAUUCAAGAUUAUUUGUUAUUCGUGGGAAACCAACCGAGGUCUUGCGAGAUGCAGUGGGGAGAUGGCACAUAAAGUAUCUGACAUUCGAAAGCGACACAGAGCCUUACGCAAGAGCCAGGGACGAGGAAGUAGAGAAUCUCAUGAAGGCCUUGGAUGUCGAAGUUAUUAAAUGUUGCACGAACACGUUAUAUGAUCCCGAAAGAAUAAUUGCUGUUAACGGAAAAGUUCCUUUGACAUAUCAAGCCUUUGUAAAUUCUGCAGAUAAAAUUGGUUUGCCAUCGAAGCCCGUUCCGUCUGUUGACCUACUUAAAGAUCUUGUUAAAGAACAAGGUCGAAAUACACCCGUCGAUGAUGACUAUGACGUAAAAUAUAGCGUACCCACAUUAAAGGAAGUGAACGUUAAUGAAUCGGAACUGAACCCUUGUUUAUACCCCGGUGGAGAAACUGAGGCACUGGCACGCCUUGAGCGAGUCACUCUCAAUGAGGAAUAUAUUUGCAAAUUUGAAAAACCAAAUACUUCUCCAAAUGCUCUCAAACCCAGUACUACUGUGCUAAGUCCGUACUUGAAAUUCGGAUGUUUAUCUGCACGGACAUUUUAUUACAAGAUAAGAGAUAUUUAUCUGAAAAGCAAAAAAGGCUACUCCAAACCUCCCGUUUCACUUCAUGGGCAAUUGUUUUGGCGAGAAUUUUUCUAUACAGCUGGUUUUGCUACGCCGAAUUUCGAUCAAAUGGUUGGAAAUCCAGUCUGCAAGCAGAUACCUUGGAUCGAUAAUGAUUCAUUUCUUCAGUCAUGGGCUCAUGGCCAAACGGGUUAUCCAUUCAUUGAUGCCAUUAUGACGCAAUUAAGAAGAGAAGGUUGGGUUCAUCAUUUGGCUCGGCAUGCUGUUGCUUGCUUUUUAACACGAGGAGACUUGUGGGUCUCUUGGGAACGUGGGAUGAAGGUAUUUGAGGAACUGUUACUUGACGCAGACUGGAGUCUGAAUGCAGGAAACUGGAUGUGGCUUUCAGCCAGUGCCUUCUUCCACCAGUAUUAUCGUGUUUACAGCCCUAUAGCUUUCGGGAAAAAGACUGACAAAAAUGGGGACUACAUUAGGAAAUACAUUCCAGUUCUGAAGAAAUUUCCACCUGAAUAUAUUUAUGAGCCGUGGAAGGCACCCAAAAAGCUUCAAGAGCAGCUUGGCUGUGUUAUUGGCAAAGAUUACCCUUCGCCUAUCGUGGAUCAUGAUAAAGCCCGAGUGGAGAAUCUAAGACGGAUGGAUGCUGUAUACAAAUCAAAACAAGAAAAUAAAGAUAAAGACAAAAAAGAAUCUCCAAUGAAGUCUAAAAAUUCACCGGUGCCAAAAAAGGCACCCUCCAAGGGAAAACGAAGUUUGGACGGAAACAGUCAAAACAAAAUAUCGAAAUUUUUGAAAAAUAAAUGACAUGAUUGAUUUUGAUUUGAAAAAAAAGAUCUGAAGUAUUUUAGACCCGAAAAAAAAAAAUGUGUAGGACUGAAAAAAUGUUUUACUAUUUUAAAUAUAUUUGUAAAAUAUUCAAUGAAAAAUGUAUGUAUGCGAAUAUUAAAUCAAACCGUGAUAAAGAA